GGCGAGAUGCCCGCCCUAGUAGCACCGAGAGGCGCCUCGAUCUCGCGCAUCCAUGCGGGUGUGCCUUCCCCGGUGGCCACGACCCCCACCCUCACCCUCGUCCCCGGCCAGUGCGCCGGCCGACCAUGGGAAUAGACGGAACCUUCCGUUCGGCGACGCCCAACCCAAUAGGGCCGACGCCUCAGCGGCCGGCCUAUAAGAUCCCACCUCCUCGACGGUCAAGUAACUCCGUCGAUACUCGAUAGGAUCGUCAUAGCUGGAGCCUGGAGAGACGAUGCUCAAUGGCGCCCUCUUCUUGCUCGUCUGCGCGGCCGCACGAGCUGCUGCUUCGGGCGGAGACGGCCCGCUGCUGAACGGGAACUUCGAGUACGCGCCCAACAGGUCCCAGAUGAACGGCUCGAGGGUGAUGGCGGCGAACGCGAUCCCGUACUGGAAGGUCACCGGCUUCGUGGAGUACAUCGAGUCCGGCGCGAGGCAGGGCGACAUGGUCCUGACGGUGCCGGAAGGCCGGCACGCCGUGCAGCUGGGCACCGACUCCUCCAUCCGGCAGCAGCUCAGCGUGACGCGCGGCAAGUACUACUCCAUCACCUUCAGCGCCGCGCGCACCUGCGCCCAGUCCGAGAGGCUUAAGGUGUCGGUCGUCCCCGGCGACGACGUCGUGGCCGACGAGCUCCCCGUCCAGACGGUGUACACCAGCAGCGGCUGGGACUCCUACUCCUGGGCCUUCAAGGCCAAGCAGGGCGUCGUGUCGUUCAUCAUCCACCACGGGGACGACCAUGCGGAGGACCCCGCGUGCGGUCCCGUCAUCGACUGCGUCGCCAUUAGAGCGCUCAAUCCUCCUCGAGCCACCCGCAACAACAUGCUGAUAAAUGGGGACUUCGAGGAGGGGCCAUACAUCACCCCGGGCUCGCCGUGGGGGGUCCUGGUGCCGCCCAUGGACGAAGACGACACCUCGCCGCUGCCGGGCUGGAUGGUCAUGUCCUACUCCAAGGUGGUCAAGUACAUCGACUCGGCGCACUUCCGGGUGCCGCACGGCACCCGCGCCGUGGAGCUGGUGGCCGGCGUGGAGGUCGCGCUGGUCCAGGAGGUGGCCACCGUCCCCGGCAGCUCGUGCAGGCUGCAGUUCUCGGUGGGCGACGCGGCCAACGGGUGCGUGGCGUCGCCCAUGCGCGUGCAGGUGGCCACGGCGCGCGGGAGCAAGAGCGUGCCGUACAACUCGAAGGGCACGGGCGGGUACACGCGCGACGCGCUCGACUUCACGGCGGACGGCAACACCACGCGGGUGGUGUUCUACAGCUCGGGCUACCACACCACGUCCGACGGCAGCGGCACGCUCUGCGGGCCCGUCAUCGACGACGUCUCGCUCGUCUGCAUUUCACGCCCGCAUGCUCGCCGGUUGCUCCGCUGAUGCGUUGCACGUGCUGCUAGAGUGUGAUUUUUUCGGGAGAGCGGCUGCUGGGAAGUGGAAAAUCACUCCUGUUCCUUCUUUUCGUAAGAAAUAGUCGACCCUCCAUGCGUUGUUUCGUAACAACAAACUACUCCAUACUCAUGGAGCAUACAGAAAACAGAUCAAAUCAUCAGUUUAAUUCA